CGUGUUUUAUUUUGGCUGGGUUGUCUCGUGCCUGUCUGUGUGCGGUGAAGCAGCGCGAGCGGCUCAGCUGUUUAAACCUCAGUCAGUCCGAGUCCCGGUCCGGGUCUGAAACUAGAAACGGGUUUCUCCGUUGGGUCGUGGACCGGAACUCACACACGGAGGUUUUUCUUUAACUUUUCAUCAUCUUUUCUUGGGUUUUCUCGGGUUUUUUCGUGUCUCCCGUGUUUUGGUCGGAGAGGAAUGAAGUCUGGAUCUCGCUGACGGACCGGCAGAUUUACGGCUCUCCUCGGCUCUUCCCUCUCGGUGAACCGGACAGAGGACCGGACAGAGGACCGGACAGACCCGGCAUCACCCGGAGCAGGACUGAGCCCGCAGACCGGGUUAAAAUGCCGGGGACGAGGGGACUAGUCCUCUUGUGUCUCUGUCUGAACCUCCACACAACCCGGUCCUUCCCCAACCAGCUGCCCGACCUCACCGACCCGCUGCUGGACUACGACCGGCUGGACGAGGAGCUGGGAGGCGGCAGGGGGCGGAACUGGACCGGGACCGGCGGGGCGGAGGGCUGCGGACCGUGUGAGCUGGACCUGUGCCCGGAGACCCGCGGCUGCCGGGCGGGUCUGGUGCUGGACUCCUGCGGCUGCUGUAAGGAGUGCGGAAACCUGGAGGGCCAAGCCUGCGACCCGGGACACCGCAGCGUCUUCUACGGGCUCUGCGGGACCGGGCUGCGGUGUCAGGAGGACCCGCGGCCCGCAGGAGGAGGAGGAGGAGGAGGAGGAGGGGGAGGGGAGGAUGAAGAGGAGGAGGUGUGUGUGUGUGAGGAGCAGGAGGCGGUGUGUGGCAGUGAUGGAACAACAUACGUGAACAUGUGCCAGUUCAGAGAGGCCGCUUUCUCCAGACCAGAGCUCAAGACCAGAGGGAGGGGGCCCUGCAAGACAGUCCCCAUCAUCAAGGUCCCUCCUCAGAGCCAGGUGAACGGGACGGGCAGCAGUCUGGUCUUCCUCUGUGAGGUCUUUGCGUUUCCGAUGGCUCUGGUGGAGUGGAGGAAGGAGGGGCGAGACGUCAUCCUGCCCGGGGACGACCCCCACAUCUCUGUCCAGUCUCGGGGCGGUCCUCUGAAAUUCGAGCUCUCCAGUUGGCUGCAGAUUGAGGGGGCGGAGCCAGGGGACUCGGGGACCUAUCGCUGCAUCGCUCGUAACAACCUGGGAUCUGUCUCGGCCUCUGCUGUACUGGGAGUACUGGGAGCAGAGGAGCUGUCGUCCUACCUGGCCAACAGCGUGGCGGAGAUGAAACAGCUGAUGGACGCCACAGACUAUGACCACGACUUCUACUGAACAACAUGUGACAUCACUUCCUGCCGUCUUUUGGUUUCCCCGCUGUCCAGCUGCCAUCACAACAGAGACAGUAAACACAUCAUGGAAUCACCCCCAGCAGAGACAGUGAACACAACAUCAGAUCGACCUAAACAGAGACAGUGAACGCAACAUGGUAUCACCCUAAACAGAGACAGUGAAUGCAUCAUGGUAUCACCCUAAACAGAGACAGUGAACACAACAUCAGAUCGACCUAAACAGAGACAGUGAACGCAACAUGGUAUCACCCUAAACAGACAGUGAACGCAUCAUUAUAUCGACCUAAACAGAGACAGUGAACACAUCAUCAGAUCAAGUAAACAGAGACAGUGAACGCAUCUUGGUAUCACCCUAAACAGAGACAGUGAAUGCAUCAUCAGAUCACCCUCAGCAGAGACAGUGAACGCAUCAUGGUAUCCCCCUCACCAGAGACAGUGAACGCAUCAUGGUAUCCCCCUCACCAGAGACAGUGAACGCAUCAUCAGAUCACCCUAAACAGAAACAGUGAACGCAUCAUGGUAUCCACCUCAGCAGAGACAGUGAACGCAUCAUGGUAUCCCCCUCAGCAGAGACAGUGAACGCAUCAUGGUAUCCCCCUCAGCAGAGACAGUGAACGCAUCAUGUCUGAUGAAGCAGAAGAUUCUGUUCCAGGUUGUUUUCACUGAUAUGUUAAUGAAUUAUGAAAAUGUUAAUAAUGUGUUAAUGUAUUAAUGUAUCAGUGUAAAUCUUUUCUCUGACAUCACACAGGAUGUGACGGGGGGGUUGAGCGUCUCCCUUCAGCUCCGUCAGUGUGAAACACAAACCUCUUAUUAUUAUAAAUAAAUGUAAACAACAGCU